AUGCGUAGGGCGCUGGAAGACGACGGUAUUAGCUCCCAAACGGCCGACGAUGUGGCUAGGAGUAACAGCCCGAGCAAGCCCGAAACGACGCUUUUCGGCAAAAGUACGCAUGUCCCUCGCUUCAAGGUCCUCAUGGUUGGCGGCUUCCUCCUUGUGAACGUUGCCAGCAUGUGCAUGGUUCCUUUCCGCAAUACACACUCAGUUAAGGAUCUGGCUCGUGGACUAGCUGGUGUGGGUAUGUCUCCACCGGUGGAUCCCUUCAAGGUAGCCUCUCGUGGGCUCGACGUGAUCCUUGACAAGGCCAGAUCAACCGGCCAAGAUACAAUUGUCACGGUUCUCGCCCCGGUCAAGUAUGAGUUGCAGUUCCCCGCUGUGCACUAUGGCCUUCCUGUAAUGGGGUCUUCCAACGACAAUGAAGGCAUAGCUUUCAACCUUGAUGGAUAUGGUAUCGGCGGUCGUGUUGUUGGAGGCUUGCUCAAAAGUCUGGAUGAUCCGGUCUUUUGCAAGUGGGUUAUUGCCGCGCUGGUGCUGAGUGUUGUCCUCAACAGCCACCUCUUCAGUGCAGCUCGGCAGGGCGUUAAGAGUACGCCAGAUGACUCCACUGAGCCAGAGAAGCCAGUCAGUUUGCCAGUGGCUCGCAAUGUACCAUGCGAGUGCCAGCGAGUUGUUGUUCCAACUAGCCCGGCAGCCGAGGGAGAAUUGGCAAUCAAACGCACCCCAGAAGAGAUGGAGCUAAUGCUUUCAGAGAAACGCGCCCAUGAGUUAACCGAUGAGGAGGUUGUGGAGCUCUCCCUGCGCGGAAAAAUUCCCGGCCAUGCUCUGGAGAAGACCUUGAAAGACUUUACCCGCGCUGUCAAGGUCCGUCGCGCUGUCAUUUCCCGCACCAAGGCCACCGCAGAUAUCACCAAUGGUCUGGAACAAUCCAAGCUCCCGUAUGAGAACUACAACUGGACUCGGGUCUUCGGUGCAUGCUGUGAGAAUGUUGUUGGCUACAUGCCAGUCCCCGUUGGUUUUGCCGGGCCUUUGGUCAUUGAUGGAAGAAGCUACUUCAUUCCUAUGGCGACUACCGAAGGUGUCCUUGUCGCCAGCGCGAGUAGAGGAAGCAAGGCCAUCAAUGCUGGCGGCGGUGCUGUAACCAUGUUAACAGCGGAUGGAAUGACUAGGGGUCCCUGUGUUAGCUUUCCAACUCUGGAUCGCGCAGGCGCUGCUAAGAUUUGGCUUGACUCCGAGGAAGGCCAAACGACAAUGCAAAAGGCCUUCAACUCGACUACUCGCUUCGGGCGGCUCCAGUCUAUGACCACUGCGAUUGCAGGCACAAACCUUUACAUUCGGUUCAAAUCUACUACGGGAGAUGCUAUGGGUAUGAACAUGAUCUCCAAGGGUGUUGAGUACGCUCUAGAAGUGAUGAAGUCUGCCGGAUUUGAAGACAUGAAGAUCAUAACACUGAGCGGUAACUUCUGUGCCGACAAGAAGCCCGCAGCGAUCAACUGGAUUGAAGGACGUGGAAAGAGCGUUGUUGCAGAAGCCAUUAUCCCAGGAGAUGUUGUGAAGAGCGUGUUGAAGUCAGAUGUUGACUCCAUGGUCGAGCUCUUUGUAGCUAAGAACAUGAUCGGAUCGGCUAUGGCUGGGUCUAUAGGAGGAUAUAACGCACAUGCUGCGAAUAUGGUAGCAGCGAUCUUUAUCGCGACGGGGCAGGAUCCGGCACAGGUUGUAGAGAGUGCCAACUGUAUCACCAUCAUGAAGAAUCUUCACGGUUCGCUCCAGAUCUCGGUCUCGAUGCCUUCUAUUGAAGUUGGUACAUUAGGAGGCGGCACCAUCCUGGAACCUCAAAGCGCCAUGCUCGACAGUCUAGGGAUCCGAGGAUCGCAUCCCACCGAACCGGGAGCGAACGCUCGGCAGCUCGCUCGCAUCAUCGCUGCUGCUACUUUAGCUGCGGAGUUGUCGCUCUGCGCCGCGCUGGCUGCCGGUCAUCUGGUCAAGGCACACAUGCAGCAUAAUCGUGCGCCUCCAGCCGGUGGGAAGUGA